UUCCAUGGCUGUGAAGAUGGCGGCGGCUGCGUGGCUUCAGGUCUUGCCUGUCAUUCUUCUUCUUCUGGGGGCUCAGCCGUCCCCAUUGUCUCUUUUCGGUGCAGGACCGACACCCGUAUCUGCUGCCGACCGGUCCAAGUGGCACAUUCCGAUACCGUCGGGGAAAAAUUAUUUUAGUUUUGGAAAGAUCCUCUUCAGAAAUACCACUAUCUUCCUAAAAUUUGAUGGAGAACCUUGUGAUCUGUCUUUGAAUGUAACCUGGUAUCUGAAAAGUGCUGAUUGUUACAAUGAAAUCUACAACUUCAAGGCAGAAGAAGUAGAGACGUAUUUGGAAAAACUUAAGGAAAAAAGAGGCUUGUCUGGGAAAUAUCAGACGUCAUCGAAAUUGUUCCAGAACUGCAGUGAACUCUUUAAAACACGGAGCUUUUCCGGGGAUUUUGUGCAUCGACUACCUCUUUUAGGAGAAAAACAGGAGGCUAAGGAGAAUGGAACAAAUCUUACCUUUAUUGGAGACAAAACUGCAAUGCAUGAACCGUUGCAAACUUGGCAGGAUGCACCAUACAUUUUUAUUGUACAUAUUGGCAUUUCAUCCUCAAAGGAAUCAUUAAAAGAAAAUUCACUGAGUAAUCUAUUUACCAUGACUGUUGAAGUGAAGGGUCCCUAUGAAUACCUCACACUUGAGGACUAUCCAUUGAUGAUUUUUUUCAUGGUGAUGUGUAUUGUAUAUGUCCUGUUUGGUGUUCUUUGGCUGGCAUGGUCUGCCUGCUAUUGGAGAGAUCUUCUGAGAAUUCAGUUUUGGAUUGGUGCUGUCAUCUUCCUGGGAAUGCUUGAGAAAGCUGUCUUCUAUGCAGAAUUUCAGAAUAUUCGAUACAAAGGAGAAUCUGUCCAAGGUGCCUUGAUCCUUGCAGAGCUGCUUUCAGCAGUGAAACGUUCACUGGCUCGAACACUUGUUAUUAUAGUCAGUCUGGGAUAUGGCAUAGUUAAGCCUCGUCUUGGAGUUACUCUUCACAAAGUUGUGGUAGCAGGAGCCCUCUAUCUUUUGUUCUCUGGCAUGGAAGGGGUCCUCAGAGUUACUGGGGCCCAGACUGAUCUUGCUUCCUUGGCCUUUAUCCCCUUGGCUUUCCUAGACACUGCACUGUGCUGGUGGAUAUUUAUUAGCCUGACUCAAACAAUGAAGCUAUUAAAACUUCGGAGGAACAUCGUAAAACUCUCUUUAUACCGACAUUUCACCAACACACUUAUUUUGGCAGUGGCAGCUUCUAUUGUAUUUAUCAUCUGGACAACCAUGAAAUUCAGGAUAGUGACUUGUCAGUCGGACUGGCGGGAGCUGUGGGUAGAUGAUGCCAUCUGGCGGUUGCUGUUCUCCAUGAUCCUCUUUGUCAUCAUGAUUCUCUGGCGACCGUCUGCAAACAACCAGAGGUUUGCCUUUUCACCAUUGUCUGAGGAAGAAGAGGAAGAUGAACAAAAGGAACCUAUGCUGAAAGAAAGCUUUGAAGGAAUGAAAAUGAGAAGCACUAAACAAGAACCAAAUGGAAAUACUAAAGUAAACAAAGCACAGGAAGAUGAUUUGAAGUGGGUAGAAGAGAAUGUUCCUUCUUCUGUGACAGAUGUAGCACUUCCAGCCCUUCUGGAUUCAGAUGAGGAACGAAUGAUCACACACUUUGAAAGGUCCAAAAUGGAGUAAGGAAUGGGAAGACUUGCAGUUGAAGAUGGCUAGUAUCAGGGAAGAGAUCAGCUUCUGUGUCAGUCUUCUAUACUGCUCCGUGAAAUUAAAGGAGGCAAUGAAAUCCUGAUCUAUUCCUUCAUCUUUGUGCAUUGGAGCUGGCAAGAGGUGUCAAAACAAGGAGAACAUCUUACUGAAAACAAGUUCACAGGAUGAGAAAAAUCUACGAGCUUCUUAUUUACAACAUUGAUGCCCCUUUCCCUCCCCAAACCCUGACAUGGAUGUUUAUGCAACUUAUGUGUGUUGUUCCUGAACUUUGUAUGUUUCAGUUGUUUAAUCUGUCAAACUAAAAAGUUUAACAUCUUCUAUAGGACUAUGUCAUCAACACCAUAAUAUGUAAUCUCCAGGAGCAACUGCCUGUAAUUUUUAUUUAUUUAGGGAGUUACAUAGUGAUGGGGGAAACUUAAUUAUCUUUCAGUUUCCGGGGAAUUCAAGGUUAUGUCUUGAAGAAGUAAUUUUAAGAAAAAGGGGCCCUUCUGAGUUAAGGAGCUAUGGUUCUAUGAAUGAUUAACAGAAAAAAAAGAAACUGUUACAGUGUGAUUCAGAUCAUUUAAAAAAGAAAAAUCAAGUGCAAUUUUGUUUACAAAUGGUGUAUAUUAAAGAUUUUUCUAUUUCAGAUGUACUUUAAAGAGAAAUAUUAGCUUAACUCUUUUGACAUCUGCUAUUGUGACACAUCCCAUUGCUGGCAAUGUGGUGCACACUCCGAAACUUUUAACUACUGUUUUGUAAGCCUCCAAGGGUAGCAUUGCAGUGUCCUAGGCAAUGCUUUGUUUGCUUUCUUGCCUCAUUCACUGGGUGUGGCACUAAAUUUAGAGAGGCACUCCAUUCCAUCUAGGUGCUGUGAUUAAGCACCCUGCUAGAGGGACUGUAAUGCUUCAGAAGAGGAAGCUUAUAUAAAGGAAAUAGGUGCUGCUGGCUUAAUUUAAACAGUUAUCCUUGCAUGUAGUGUGGAGGCCCUGGACUGCUGCUUGUUCUUUGGAAUUAACUGUUCUAGUAUCUGUUUGGUGUAAAGACUGUUUAUAAGGGGCAUCACAAGGUGAUGGGAUUCAUUUGAAGCACUAUAUUUCUGUUUUAAUAUUAUCCAAUUUUGCCUUCCCAAGAUUUUUGUUCUACAUAAAAAGUUCAUGCCAUUUUUAAUAUAAAAAAUUUUAACAAAA